AUGGACGUCGUAGGCUCAGUCGCCUCUAUUGUACAGCUGAUAGAGGUGACUGGCAAAGUCAUCAACUAUUGCGCUGCAGUAAUCGGCGCCUCCAAAUUGAUCGACGAUCUCGGCCAUACGGCCAGUACGAUGCUUCAAUUUCUAUACGAAGUGAAGCGACAGGUUAUUACCGAUUCUGCAACUCGUAGUCCCCUGGGGCUUGAGGAUCUCAUUAAAGACCUGGAAGCAUGCAUGAUCACUCUGUCCCGGCAAUUCGAGAAGCUAAGUCCUAAGGGAUUUUUGCAGAAAGUACGGUUCGUCCAUAUGGAGAAGGACAUUGAGAAGACCAUCGACAAGGCAACGCGUAUGAAUGGCUUUAUUGGCUCAUGGCUCUCAUUGGACACCAAUCAAAAGGCCAAGGAUAUUGACGAAGGUGUCAAAGCGCUCAACAGCAGCGUAGAGGAAGAGAAUAUCCGAGGUAAAAUGGAUAGGAUUGUGAAGCACUACGCCCCAGUUAGUUUUUCAGAGAAGCACGGAAACGUUCUCCAGCAAAGGCAAGAUGGAACUAGCCAGUGGUUUAUUGAGUCUUCUGAAUUCCAAGAUUGGAUGCAGUCGACCGGAGCGACUUUGUGGUGUUCAGGGGCACCCGGUGCUGGCAAGACAGUUAUGGCAUCAACAGCCAUCGAGUAUAUAUAUGAGAAAGUCAAAGGAAGCGAUACCAGCAGCUUAGCAUACGUCUACUGCGACUAUCGCCAGCGCCAAGACCAGAAAGCCUCGAUACUGCUCGGCAAUAUCUGGGCUCAGCUAUUCCGUCGACGGGGACCCUCUGCGACCGAGGUGGAGCAAAUGUUUGGAGAGAUUUUCGCACGCUUCGAUUUCACACCCACGAGGACUCAUAUGAUCAAUCUCAUAAGAGAAGAGCUGACCAACGGAGAUUGGAAGCGGGUUUAUGUCGUUGUUGAUGCGCUUGAUGAAUGCGGCGAUGAGAAUGAACGAAAUGGGUUCAUAGACGGUCUCCACAGUUUGCAGCCUUUGGUAAAUGUGUUGGUCACAUCUCGGACUCUUCAUUCUGAUAAUGGGGGAUUCAACGACGUACGAUCCGUCCGGUUCAUACCCACAAACGAGGACAUGAGUAUUUAUAUCAAUGCGCGAAUACGGGAGUCAAAGAAGAUAUCUGGUUAUGUCGGGCGGAAACCAGAAUUGGCAGACGAAAUACGUCGUAUCGUGAUCGAUAGGGCUAACGGAAUGUUCCUACUUUGCAGGAUGCAUCUUGACUCCUUAAGUCGAUCAAUCACACUCAAGGAUUUAAAGAGGGAGCUUAGUCGUAUCCCCAAGGGUGAAAAUGUCGUGAAGGAUACGUACGACCAAGCCAUGGCGCGCAUCCGAGACCAAGGUAUCAACAUUGAAGAAUUCGCUUUGCGGGUUAUUCGCUGGGUCUGCUUCGCCAGGCGGCCGUUGAAACUUGCGGAGCUCUUGUGCGCACUUGCUAUUAGUCCUGACGAUGAAGAGCUUGACGAAGACGCUGUCGGCGAUGAGAGCGACAUCACGAACUAUUGCGCGGGUCUUGUCGUCGUGGAGGGCGAUAGCAAGACCGUCAGAUUCGUCCACUAUACUACGCAGGAAUAUUUCAAUUCCCUUAGAGAAGGUGAAGAAUUCGUUCAUAGUCACGGAGACAUAGCCCGAACCUGUAUAACUUUUCUCGGGCUUAAUGACCUCACCCUUUCGAAAGGCGGACAUGUGGCCCAGAUGUGGCCCUCUCAAGAAGAAACGCCAUUUCUGGCGUAUGCUGCUCUGAAUUUUGGAUUCCAUUGUAGCCACGAGGCCGAAGUUCUGGGUUCAGAAGAGUCUGAUGUCUCAAUGGAGACCACGGAACUGUUACUCGAAUUCCUAAAAUGCCCAGAGCAUGUUCAACGCGCUGCUAUAACGAUUCUCCUACAUCUCGGAGGAAGGGUUUCGCCGAUGAUGCAGGAAACUGAACUCCGUAAUGCCCUUUUCACGAAAGCAGUGGCGAUGGAUGUAGCCGCAUUCUUCGGCUUGAUUCGAAGUGACGCGGAUCGUCCAUUCACGGUGAGCCUCGACUGGUUAAUAGAGAAUACAGAACAGGCUGGUGACCCCGAUGAAAAAUGGUUUGGAAAUUCGCUUCAUUGGGCUUGCCUCAAUGAUUCUGUUGAGUCAAUCAAGGCGCUUCUAAGCAGCCCAAGCAUCAAAUUAGAUGCUAACCUAGCGAUCCAACAUCCAGUAGGUUGGCAGCCAGCAGUUUUUGCGGUUGGCUAUGGGUCUUUGGGCGCUCUUCAGGUUCUCUUGGAUUACGGCAUCGAUAUAUAUGCGCACUGCCAACACGAGUGGACCACAACUCUUCUCGAAGAAGCCAUAAGAUGGGCCCAUGCUGCGAAGGGAUCCAAGACCGAGUUGAUGGAUGCGAUCAUGCAAAAAGACACUGUUAGCAGACUGCUUGUCGAACGUGACGUAUAUUGGAGCACCGCGCUUAUGGAGGCUGUCAGCACAACCGAUUUCAGCGUGUAUGAAUGCAUUAUGGGAUAUUAUGAAAAAACACAAUGGCCACCAGGACGUAAGGAGCAAGUAAUCCUCACCGGAAAUUUUGAAUGGAAGACGGCGCUCCAUUUAGCUGUUGGCGAUUCCUCUUUUAGCGUCAAGAAUCCUGAUAAGACCGCAGUCUCUGGUCCCCAACGGAUUCUAGAUGCGCUAUUGGACAGCCCACACGCUAACGGUCUAUUGCAAAGGCGUGAUAGAAAAGGCGAUACACCAUUUGAGGCGGCUAUUCGCCGCAACCAUAUUCAAGCUGUCGAUACAAUCCUGGCGAAGAAUAGUCAGCACAGCUUUGUUGACUUUUAUCCAGCGCAAGUACAGUCCGGUUUACACUUAGCUGCAAGGACCUGCGGUCCUACGAUGAUCAAUUUGUUGUUAGAAUACAUUACCCCUGACCUGCUUAACAGACCCGGAGAAAACGGUGUAUUACACCAUGCUGCUGGCGGGUAUAAACCCGAAAAUACGGAAUUCUUAAUGCAGAAGUUUACGAAUCUUCAGCUUUAUAAUAUCCCCGACUCCGAAGGAAACUUACCCCUUCAUUAUGCAGCGAAGAGCGGUAAUUUAGAUGCUGCGAUAGCUUUGCUAAAGCAAGAUGGAAUUCAAGUCGACUCGCGGAAUAAAAACGGACAAACUGCGCUACACCUAGCAACCGACGACAACCUAGUCGAUAUAUGUUCGAGGUUACUGAAAGCGGGCGCAAAUAUCAAUAUUAAGGACAAUGGGGGUUUCACACCACUUGCAUUAGCUAUCCGAAGACGGUUUUCAGAUAUCAUGGGUAUCAUGGUCAACUACCACUCUGCACCAGACCCUGGUGACCUAAACGCUGACGAUAUCGCAUGGCUGCAACAACAACCUUGGGGGGAGAGCAUACUUCGCAGAUCUGCGACCAUCCCUAGUUCAAAUACCGAUGUCGAAUAUUGGCCAAAGCAAGAGGAAGAUAUCGUGACAGCAGCGUUAUGUCUUAAGCGGAGGCUGAGACGGCAGAACGCGCCCCUAUUAAGAUCAUCCCAUCAAAGUCGUACGUCAGCGUACCUGACCUCCUAUAUUCUAGAUCUAGCAGAAUACUGGAUCCGAUCAAGCAGCACCCGGGUUAGUAUUGAUAAAGUGGGCGAAGUUCGGCGAUGGGGCGACCCCGUAACGCCGUACCUGACCAGCAGGGCCAUCACAAGCCUCUCAUCCAAGCCCGUUAGGCGCGUGGAAUUCGAAAUCACGGGCCACGACCAAGGAUACUGCUCGAAUCCGGCGCGGGGCGAGAGCUGGACGUGGUUUACUGCAGACGUGCACCGACGUGAGAACUCGGUGUUCGCACAGGAGAUGUCCGGGCCGCAGGAUCAAGGCACGACAAAUCACGAGAUCUACCUAGCGCACAACCGGGGCGCAAACCGCGCCUGGCACACGCACAAAUUGGUGUGGAGCCUGGCUGACCCGAAAGUCGCGGAUGCCGAGCGCGGGACCUGGAUUAAGGGAUUGAUGCCGGGGGACAGGGUCGUGGUCCUCCCGCAUGCGAGAUAUCCCGGCUGGGAGAACUGGGUGCGGAGGAUGAGGAUCGAUAUUUAUACCACAUGUCUUAGGGAUGAUUUAGAUAGGGUGGUGAGUGCUAGCACGAGCACUGAGUCGUUGCCGCAGUACGAACUUCUUGAUUCUUAG